AUGGCCUUCGAUUUCAGCAGUUAUUCAAAUAAUAAUGGUAAGAGAAAAACUAUUGAAGUUUUAAAACGAAAAAGUAUUGUUUCCAGCUGAACCCGCUCCAGAAAGCUUCUUGGACGACGACGACAUUUAUUCGGUUUCUGACGGAUGCAAUGAGAAUGAAAAUCAGAUAAAAGCUGAAAAAGAGGCUUUUGUUGAAAAUGUUAGUAUGUAAGAAAACCAUGAAUGCGAAUAUUUUGAGUUGAUGAAAAAAAAAAAAAGAUCUCAGACAUUUUUGAGUCUAUUGUGCUUCAUAUGAAAUUUCUUUUUCAGAACCCCGGAGAGCCAUUGGAAAAUGAAGAUUUCUCGACUCCUCUUACCAAAACGAAUUUGGGUAAAAUUAAAUCGAAAAAGAAUCGAGAAAACAAAAAAUGCAUUUUAGAAUGUCUUCUUGCCAGCAUCGACAACAGACCCGCUCAGCACUUGAAUGGAAAGUUUAGAAAAAUAUACAAAAUUACAAUAAAUCUUCAGAUGUUCUCAAUGAUCAACUCCUUGGUCAGAGUUAUCCGACCAAAAAAAGGUUAAAUCUUCAAUUUUUUUAUAUUUAUUUCGUUUAUUUUCAGAAAUUCCCAAUCAAAGUUUCUCCGACCGGACUGUUUCUAGUCAAAGCUUUGUUAGUAGAGGUGAUUUGAUAAUGGAACAACUAAAAUUUCAUUAUUUUUUUUUAGCUACUCCAUCGAGUAAUGUUGGUCGGAAGAAGAAACUAAACUUUUUCUACGAUGAUGAGAAUAAAGUGCCAACUGUUAGUGGAAAUGUUCCGGAAUUAAAUUGAAGCUUAUUUUAUGGUGUAUUUGUCCAAGUCCGAAAGAGCGAGAAAAAAUAUUUUCGAAAAAAAUACACCACCUUGUUUAGGAAAUCUUCUUUGAAAAAUUCAGUAGAAAAAAAUCACUUUUUUUAGAAAUUAGGUUUAAAAGUGAAUUUUCAAUUAAUUUCUCGGACUUUUUUUAGAUUUUAAAAUGUCACUUUUUUUGAGUUUCAACAUUUUUUUCACCUUCUUAUUGAAGACUUAUCAAACAAAUAGCUUUAAAAAAACCCCGAAAACGAUUUUUUUCUUAAACGAAGCUUUUUUCUCAAUUAAAUGUGUUUAGUUUGUUCCGAACUGGGCGGUUACUUUGUAACACAGCAGAAAAAUAGCUACCGUAAAAACAGUUUUUCCACACUUUUGCUCUACAAAUCUCCAUAAUUGACUUCAAAAGACUUCAAAAGACUGCAAAAUCAAAGGUCCCUUAGUGAUAAAACUUUGUAUACGAUCUUUUUUUUUACAAAAAAGCGAGAAACUCGCGCGGAAUCAACUUUAUAAAGUAACAUUUUGAUGUCAGUAAUCUCGAUUACUCUAUUUUUUUGAAAUGAAGAGAAACAAUUUUUGUAGCUCUCCAAAAGUCAAACGAGAUGUUUCAUCAGAAUGGUCAGGCAUGAACAGGCCCUUUGGGACGAGAAAGAAAAAACGAGCAUUGGCAGAAUUUCUGCUCUAUGGCAUCAUGUUGAGCUCGAUAUGAACUUUGUCAAAGUUAACAGAGGUUUUUUUUCAAUUUUAAAAAUUUGUGAAUUUAAAAAAAUGUUCAGGAAAAGGCGCCAGAUGCUUUUGGGACCACCUUCUACAGAGAUAUUACACGGAGGGGGAGAAGUUCGAUUUCUAUAAUGAAAUGAAAUUUCUGGAAAAGAACAACGUUCGGUAUGCCUUUUCUGUGUGUAAAAAAGCGAAAUUGAAAUUAUGGUCCUGCCACGAAAACCGUCAUUUUAUUUUAAAUUUAAAGUUUUUGACGGUUUUAUUUGUUUAUGUGGUUUCAGGAGAAGGUCAUGUUUGAAAAAAGCAUAUAUCAUAUUAUAUCAUAAAAACUUUUUUUGCAUUUUUCGUUCCGAGACCCUAGAAUUUCAUAAAUAGAGCAAGUCUAUGCGAAUGAAAAUGAAGUAAAAAAAGAGUUUCAUUGUUUUUAUUUAUUAAAAUGCUCGUAGAAAAAUUGAAUUCCUAACCAUCUUAUCAGAUUUUUUUCAUGGACAAGUUAUUCAAUUUUUGUAUUUUUCUUUUUCAACUUUUGGAGGAAAGUAAGUUCACUUCCAUAGGGAAAAUUUACGAUUUUGGCAAAAAUAUCAAGUUUUUUUGAAUUGCGAAAAUCCUUUUUUUCUGAAUAUUUAUUUAUUUUUUUCAGAGGAAGGUCUGCUCCGCCCAUCGACCAUUAUGAAAAAAACCGACAGAAAGUCCUGAAAAAUUCAGAAGAAUUACGUAAGUGAAUUUUAUCAAAUAUUCUUUUCGAAUUAUGAGGAAAUAGUUAUUCUCAAGUCAAGUUGUUUUUCCGUCUUUCUUGAGGAAUUUUUGUAAGUUUCCGGUUUAAAAAAAGCGAGUUCUCCAAUCAAAUCAGAUUAUUCUAAUGAAAAAUUUCUCUGAAAUCGGAAAUAUUCACAAUUUGAAAUAUUUCAGACUUUGAAAAACGAUUGGUAAUCAAUUUUUUUAAUCAUGAAUAUUUUAUUGAUUUUUUUGAGCGUAGAGACUUGAUUCUUCUUGAGAAUUUUAGAGUGGUCCCUAUAGGGGUUAGGGGGAAAAACAUGCCCUAGAGGGAGCGAAAAAGUGUUCUUUAUAGGGGUAAAAUCAAGGUGGUCCCUAAAGGGUCUAAACCAUUAGCCCCUUAAGCUUAACUGGUUCUAUAUUUUUAUUCAAAAAGGUCUUUUUUGUUUUCCGCAUGGAGUCCAUGAAAUGACUAGCAUGUCUUCUACAGGGGCCACUAACUAAAAUCCCUAGAAGGACCCCUCUUGAAAGCUUUAGUGGCCCUUAUCGGGGUUGGUAAAAUGGUGCCUAGAGGGGACCCUCCAAGGGCCUCUCUAGGGACCACUCUGAAGUUCCGAAGUUCGGCUAUUUUGAGUCGAACUGGAAACAAAAAAAUGUACUGUUCUUUAUAGAGAAACGCCCAGACCUGGUCAACUCGAAUCGCAAAAUUGAAGAUUCCAAGAUUCGGGCCGCGAGAACGGGCUCAAGAUACGAAGUGAUCAGUAUCCCAAGCACGUGUGCGUCUUUCAUUCGGCUGGUCGCCAAAAGGGCCGAGGAGCUCUACGAUUUCGAUCCGGACAGCGCUUUCGAGACGAUGAGCCUCUGGGCAAACGCCAUGAAACUCCCCUGA